CGUGGACUGCAGUGUGUCUUCUUCUGUACAAAAACAAAGCAACAACACUCAGACACAGCAGCACUGAGGCAGGUUGAACACAGUGAGUGUGUGUGUGUGCAGCUGGAGCCAUGGCACUCAGGUGGAUCAUUCUGCUCCUUGGCCUGGGACUGGCAGCAAACAUAGACUGCAAGCUAACAGGUGAUACAGAAAGUGAUGCUGGUGAGGAUAAGGACUGCGACAUGUCUGACCCCAAUGCAGCGGCUGAAAUGGACGAGGUGCCAAAGGAAGAUGACGAAAAGACCUCCACCAUAAACUCUGUUAAGGGAGACGAGUACCGCUGGCCGACAACCAUUCCCUACUACCUAGAAGACGAUCUGGACAUAAAUGCAAAGGGAGUGAUCCUGAAGGCAUUUGACCAGUACAGACUGAAGACCUGCAUUGACUUCACACCAUGGAAAGGAGAGGAGAACUACAUCUCUGUGUACAAAGGGAGCAGAUGCUCCUCCUCUGUCGGCCUUCAGCGUACGGGGAAGCAGCAACUGUCCAUUGGUGAAAACUGUGAUAAUCUAGGAACCGUUGAGCAUGAGUUCCUGCACGCCCUGGGCUUCUGGCAUGAGCACUCCAGAGCUGACCGAGAUGAUUACGUCAACAUCAUGUGGGAUCGUAUUAAAGAUGGUAAAGAAACAAACUUCGUAAAACACAAUGGCAUACCGUCCAGUGCGCUGAGCUAUCCCUAUGACUACGGCUCUGUGAUGCACUACAGGAAGACAACCUUCAAAAUCGGCUCAGAUCCCACAAUCGUCACCAAGAUCCCCCACUUCACGGACUUGAUUGGUCAGAGGAUGGGGUUCAGUGCCAGUGAUCUAACAAGGCUCAACCGUCUCUACAAGUGCACACAGUUCUCUAACUUCGUGGAAAGCUGUGACUUUGAGGCGGAGAACAUCUGUGGGAUGAUUCAGGGUCCUGGAAAUGCAAAGUGGGAAAAACACAGUUCUGUGAGCGGAGGGCCUCAGACUGACUUCUCAGACAUGGGAAAAUGCAAAGAACAAGGCCACUUCAUGCACUUCAGCACAGCCUCUGCUCAGCCUGGUGAACGUGCGUUCCUGGAGAGUCGUUGGGUUAACCCCAAACCUGGAGCCCAGUGUCUGCAGUUCUUCCUCCAUAACAGCGGGGCAGCUGAUGAUGUUCUCAAUAUCUGGGUGCGAGAGUAUGACGCGACCAACCCCAGCGGUACACUGAAGCUCUUCAAGAGUAUCUCAGGAGGGGUCAUGGGUUCCUGGGAACUGCAUAACAUCAAUCUGAAUGUGACACAGAAGGCCCGUGUGGUUUUUGAGGGUGUGAGGGGGAACAGCACAUCAAAGGGAGGUUUCUCUCUGGAUGACAUUAACCUGUCAUCCACAACGUGCCCUCAGCACGUCUGGCGCAUCCGCAACAUCACCCACCUGAUGGCCACCACACCAGUAGGAGUUAAAACCUACAGCCCUCCCUUUCUGUCACCAUCUGGUUACUCCUUCCAGGUUGGUAUCUACCUAAAUGGGAGAAGCGACCAUCCAGGAUACAUGGCCAUCUACUUCCACCUGACUUCAGGCCCCAACGACCACAACCUUGAGUGGCCAUGUGUGUGGAAGCAGGCAACUAUGGCGCUGAUGGAUCAGCAGUCUGACAUCAGACAGCAAAUGAACAUGCACCACAUGGUCACCACUGACCCUGACAAGACAUGCUCUGAUGGUAUUGAGCUCUACUGGGAUGAUCCCAGGGAGGUGGGCUCUAAAAUUACUGCAUCUGAUGGCACCUAUUACUAUCGAGGCCCAGGAAACGGAAAAAAAAAAUUCAUCAGCCACAGCGGACUAAAGAGCAGAAAAUUCAUCAAAGGAGACGAUGCCUUCUUCUUCUUAAGUUUGGAAGAUAUAUCUGAUCUGCUGGAAUCUCAGCCUCUUCCCAGUCCCAGUUCGAAGAACGCUGCAGACCAAGGUGCUCCGCAGGGAGGUUCUAAUAUCUCGCUGUAGACAUGGAUUCAGAAUGAUUUUAGUUUUUAAAAACUAUAGAUUAGGUAGCUCCCAGCACAGUCACACUGGAGACCGAUGGUGGCCAGUUUGUACAUGGGGAACACAGUGUGCCGAUGGUUUCCUUGCCUGACAUCCUGGGGCUAAGUCUGUAAUAUGACUGCUGCCCGCCUAACUCAGCAAAUGGCGGCAAAACUUACAAAACUGUUAGCAACAAGUAGAUAGUGGUUACUUUAGCAACAGGUGAAGCUAAAUCCUGUCAGUACUGUCUUCCCUGUCAUGUGAUUGGGGUCAUCAGCGACUUAAUGCUGGAUAAGUGCUUAAUACUGUCCAAUAAUGAUUGCGAUAAUAUCAACUUUGCAUUAAAGCUGUCAUAAUUUACCAAAAGAAACUUAAUUGCAGUCCUUCAAAACGUCAUGAAGACUCUUACAUGUUCAUGGCAUGUCAAUCUUAUGCACACCCCUCCAAAGGAAGUGUUCCCAACUGAUUUAAAACAAUGUGACAGUUCUGUCAGCUCUGCACAUUGAAUGUUUGGGGUUUCUUCUGGUCCUCUAAAUUGCAUUACAUUCUACAUUGUUUAAAAGGUUCAACUUAACAUUUUGUAAAUCAAAAACAAACGUCUGAUGUUGGAGAUUUAAAAUGAAUAGAAGAACUGCUUCUGAGAAUAAAACCUUAAACCACAAGAA